AUGCUGCUUGACGUAUUUUUUGGAGCUCCACUUCUUGAGUGAGUUUUUUCACAGCUAGAUUUUUUCUGGGUGAAACUUUGCCACAUCGUAUCUCACAGCGAGUUAAAGAGCUCCAAAUUGUGAUAGCUUUUGAAUAAACAGAAUUCUAACCAGUGAUUUUUCAAAGAUCAACAGAAAUAUUAAAUUUUCCAGCCCUUAUCUUUACAAUUGCACUGGAACUCCAAUCCACGUCAUAAACAACUAUGCUCAUGGCUUUACAUAUUUAGCACUAGGGUUGAUUACCCAGACUCUCUACAUUCUCGUACUAAAAACAAUUUGGGAAAAUAAAGUGAUUUGGGAUCAUGGAUGUUAUCGAAUAAUGUUUUUCUUGGGAAUUCCGGAUUUUUUGAGUUUAAUAGUUUGCGCGGAUUACGCGGGAUAUUGGAGUAUUUUUGGAUUGCAUCCUUGCUAUGAUAUGAGAUUGUCAUAUUUGUUGGGUUGUUUUGUGUUUGGCACGUGGCAUAUGAGUUGCUUUUAUGUGCUGAUUUUGGCAUUUAAUCGGACUUGUGAAUUGGUGGCGCCAAGUGUUGGGUUAGUAGAGUUUGAAAAAUUAACAAUUAUCACAAUUCUUUACAAUCACAAUCACAAUUUUCUGACAAGUCAUAAGAACAUGUGUUGUCCUGAUUUUUUAAUCAACAAAAAAUGAAAUUCUUUCUAAUUUACAGCCGUGUUUUGUUCAAUGGAAAAGCCCUUUACCUAAUCAUGUCAAUGCCACUUUUCUACUUCAUAUAUUUCACAUUUUUCACCAAACCAUUGAUUUACGAUCCAACAAUCUCAACAUUUUUAUUGAAUCCAAACACCUUGGCAACAAUCAAUUUUUCUCCGAAUCUUUAUGCGGUCUACGGAUUUAUUUUCAACAAUUUCUUUGUGAUGUUUUUCAUUGGUUGCAAUUAUUUAACAGUUUGCUCAUUUCUAAUUUAUCACUCAUUUUCCACAAGAGUUCAGAAAGUCUCAAAGAUUUAUCGACAAAUAACAUUGCAAUGUAUGAUUGUUUGUACUUGUCAUUUUAUCGGUUGUUUUUUAUACAUUUAUAUGCAAUAUUAUUCACUUCCUCAGAUUUUUCAUACAAUUGCGCAAUUAGCGUGGAUAGGAAAUCAUGGUAGAAUAUAAUAUAGUUGAAUUGAAAAAGUACACAUGUUUUCAGGGCUUCCACCUUGUGUCUACCUCAUUUUCAAUCAUACAAUUCGAUCGAAUGUGACUAUUUUUAGACGAAAGUGCUUUGUGAGAAAUAGAGUGGAUUCGAGUGGAUUGAAAGUUGAUAGUACAAUUAAACGAAGUACUGUAAUGCCUGUUGUUUGAUAUUUUUUUUUAAUCGAAUAAAGGUUUUUGGGGGUAUCUUUUCAGAGAUUUCAGAGACACUGGAAACUCUGAAGUUAAUAUUUUACUGUAGAAAUUAAAUUAUAAACCAGAAAAGAGAAUCAGUAGAAAGUUAGUAUCCUAAUUAUUCUUCCAAAAGAUCCAAAAGCCCAAAUAUUUCGCAUCUCCUUAAAAAACUCGUCAUUUCGAACAAAUUGGAACAUGUGGCGAUGAAAUCGGACUCGAUUAUUAUCUCCAAAAACUUUUUCCGAAAACCCUCCAAUUUUUUUUUGAAAAAAAAAUCUGAAAAAAACUGACAGCUCAAAAAGAUCCUCCACAUCAGAUAAAAUUUAAAAAAGUUCAGAAAAGUUCAGGUUCAAAAUUAUUCCAAGCGUUAAGAAAAACAGAGAUCACCAAAACACUCUUCAUUAAAAGAACAAUCCCUUGUCUCCUUUUCUUCUGACAGAAAAAGUUUCAAAGUUCCAAUUUAGAAAAAAAGAAACAAGAUUUAUCCGAAAAGAGAAAAUGGCAUAGUACAAAAUCGGAGGGCCCUCUAGCAGAUCCAGUUUUCUCGCAGAUUCUAAUCACUUUUUCUAUAUAAAUAUUCCUCCUGAAUCGCUCAUUUCUCCAUGAAAAGAAAAGAUAGUGAAAAACGAAUACGAAUUUGGGUCAGAUCAUUAUCAUUUCACUUUUUUUUGGAUUUCACUUUUUCACUUUUCUCUUGAAAAUCCGUCUUAUUAAGAUUUUUAUUGUUCUUUAUCAUAGCGCACUAAUUAGGCAUAUGGUCCAAUAAAGCCCUUUUCGCCUCAUACCCCAAACGACUUUUCAAAGUCCUAUUUUCUUAACAGUUAAAAACUGUUCAUGUCCCUUUUCACAAAGCAGACUUGUUACAGAGCCGUGAAAAAGACUUUAUCAAUAAUUUUUAAUCAUUACCAUUUAAAAUUUUACAGACAUGAAGAUUGUGUGCAUUGGAGCUGCUCCAACUGCUCUUGGAGCCGCCUAUCGUUUGAACGAGUUGAAAAAUGAGGGAAACGAGGCAGCCAAGGAUGUCGAGCUUGUUUGUCUUGAACAAGUAAGUAACUUUAGCUUUAAUUAUUAUCACAAACCUAAACUUUCCAGGAAUCCUACGCUGGAGGUUUGUCUUGCACCGUUAAAGACGAUAAGGGUUUCCUCUGGGAUAUGGGAGGUCACAUCACUUUCAACCAUAAUUUCCCAUAUUAUGAAAAAGCUACCCAAUGGGCUGUUGAUGAUUGGAACAAGUUGGCUAGAAAUUGUAUGGUUGAUAUGAAUUAUUUGUAUGAUAAGGAUGGUAUUCAUCUUGUCCCAUAUCCAGCUCAAUUUGCUGUUCCACUUUUCCCAGAUGCGGUUAAGAAUAGUUGUUUGGCCGACUUGAAGGAACGUUAUGAAAAUGUAAGUGUUCAAAUAUAAAAGAGGGCCUAGUUACCUGUUCACCCGUUUCCUGACCAAUUUCCCGAACGGGCAAGUGACUCUCCUUUCACAGUAUUUUCACUCUCCCCUUCUCCCGUCAUUUCUACAGUUCUUAUUCUCAUUAUUUAGCCUCAAACCGACUCUAACCCUGACAACUUCGAGGACUGGGUUUUGCAACACUUCGGACCAACCAUCCUCAAAUCAUUCUUCAAGCCAUACACCAAAAAAGUCUGGACCGUCGAGCCAUUGAAAAUGUCGCCAAACUGGGUUGGCACCCGAGUUGCUAAACUCCCACAAGAAAAACUUGAGGAGCUUUGCGCUAUGGAUCAAGACGAAUUGGCAAAUGCUGACUUCGGUUGGGGACCAAACUCUUAUUUCACAUUCCCAAAAUACGGAGGAACUGGAAACGUGUGGACAUCGAUGACAAAGAAGUUGCCACAAGAAUGGUUUGAGUUUGAGAAAAAAGUCACCGCUGUCAAUCAUGUUGAGAAAACUGUUGAAGUUUUGAAGAAGGGAGAAACUGAAGCAGCUAAGGUUUCAUAUGAUGUUCUUCUUAACACAGCUCCAAUCGAUCAAUUGGUAAACAACACAGGAAUCACCGCACCAUUGGAUAUUGUUCACAACAAAGUUUUUGUUGUCGGAGUUGGUUUGCGCAAACCAAUGACCUCAUUCUUGGAGAAAUUCACCUGGUUGUAUUUCCCUGAUAAGAAUGUACCAUUCUUCCGCGUCACAAUUCUCAGCAGAUAUGGUGAAGUUACACCAGAUAGUGAUAAAUAUUGGUCAGUUAUGUGUGAAUGUGCUAGACCUAUUGAUGAUCCAAUCACUGAGGAAGAGAUGGUUAAGAAGACUUUGGAUGGUCUUGUUUUGAAAUCAAUGAUCACUCGGGAAGCUAUUGAAUCAGUCUACUCGAUCACUUUACCGUAUGGUUACCCAAUCCCAACACCAAAUCGUGAUCGGGAACUUGCUCGAGCACACACUGAACUCGAAAAGGCUUCAAUUUAUUCACGAGGAAGAUUCGGUGGAUGGAAAUACGAGUCAUCGAACCAAGAUCAUUGUUUCAUUCAAGGAAAAGAAUUCAUCGAUCGGGUUGUUCUUGGAGAACCAGAGAAAUUGUACAAAACUGGAGUUGCUGCAAUUCCAAGAGGUUAA